AUGAAAGCCGUAACAGCCUUAAGUGAAUUAGCCCGGCCAUUUGUGUUCGGAAUGAUACAUGUUCCUGCUCUCCCUGGCACACCUCGCAAUAGAAACUCAAUGCAAGAUAUUCUUCAAAUUGUUAGGAGAGAAGCAACUAUAUAUGCUGACUCUGGAAUCGACGGUAUCAUUGUCGAAAAUAUGCAUGACAUUCCUUACCUGAAAAAACCGAUAGGUCCUGAAAUUGUUUCCGGAAUGUCUCUUGCGUGCCAAGAAGUGAAUAAUGUGCUUGGCUCUAGACGGAAGAAAUUUGUUCUUGGUCUCCAAAUUCUGGCAGGUUGUAACGAAGAAGCACUAGCUGUCGCUCACAACACAGGUUUUGAUCUCAUCCGAGCUGAAUGCUUCGUGUUUUCUCAUGUGGCUGACGAAGGAUGGAUGGAUGGCUGUGCCGGUUCACUUUUGAGAUAUCGUAGAACACUAGGCGCCGACAAUGUUUCCAUAAUCACAGAUAUAAAAAAAAAGCAUUCUUCACACUCUGUCACAUCGGACUUAUCAAUCGGCGAAGUGGCGCAGGCUGCCGAAUUCUUCUUAGCUGAUGGUGUGAUUGUCACUGGAAACAGUACCGGCAAACAAGCAGAUCCAAAAGACUUACUGGAAGUUAAGAAAUCGUGCCGAUUACCGGUAUUCAUCGGUUCUGGUGUAUCAACAUUUAAUUUGGACAUGUUCCAAGAAGCAGAUGGUCUAAUUGUAGGUUCAGAGUUCAAAAAAGAAGGAAAAUGGAUGAAUGAGCUGGAACCUCAACGUAUCAUCAAGUUCAUGGAGCAUGUUUCUCAAAUAUCUAAUAAACGCUAG